AUGUCAACGCUUAGUUACAGCAAAUGGGAUCACAUCGAGGUACACAGUCCGCCUCUCUUAACAUUCUAUAUCAGAUUUCGGAUGACGAGGACGACACUCACCCGAAUAUAGAUACCCCCAGUCUUUUCCGUUGGCGCCAUCAAGCUAGACUCGAACGGGACACUGCCUGGAAAAAGGAGAAGGAAGACUUUGAAAAGGACUUAAAAGCUCAUCUUAAGGCCUACCAGUCAGCUCGAGAGGAGUACGAUGCAGCUGUCAAGGUAUAUUCGAUCAGUUUUCUAACGGUCAGGCCAAUGCACCUAACCUCAAAGAGCUCGAAGAGAAGUUAAAUAAACUAAAAGUGGAGGAUGCCAAAUGGCAGGAGAGGCAAAAGGAAAUGGCAAAGAAAGAAAGGGUACACAUUUUGAAGUUUUCUUAUAUGUAUGCAUAGCUAAGACCCCUGAACAUUGACACGAUUUGCAAGGAGGGGAAAUCGAAAACGGUAAGUGUCAAAUGCCAGCAUUAUGCUGUCUAACCUAAUGGGUCCUUUAACCAUACCUGUCUCCCUUUAUCAUGUAUGUGGAUCUCACCCUGUAAUAGUGUCCAUUUUUGGAGCCCAUCGGUAUCGAAACAUUCGUCGAGAAUCCUGUUGCCACAGGGAAGCACUCACGUGCCGUACUAGUAAUUUUAGAGCUAGACAUGGAAAGCUUUCAUCAACACUGUUAUCGCAGCUCAUGGUUUCGCUGCCACCUUUGAAGCUUUUGCUAUUGUCACCAUUUGCACCACCAUCUUUCCCUAAGCUAUGAGCCCCAAGAAAUUAGGUUCGCACUAAUUGUCGCACCGCCAGGUUUCCAGUAGAUACUGAGAAUUAGGAAGGUCUGGAUGAAAUUCUAGGCUGUUGGAUUAUUGCUCCCGAGAUCCUGCCUGAUUAACGACUAACAGCGAUUGAAAUCACGUUUAUGGUUUACUGCCAACAAAAUACUAAAAUUAGUCGACAGUCCCUCUCAGAGAUAGGACUUACUCUGUUAACCACGUCAAAGAUUUCUAGAGGCAACUGCGGAGACCAUCCAUUCUGCUCAGGCGGUUUCGUCAGUCUUCUGUAACUACUGGCCAGCUGCAGCCACUCGCAAUAUGUUGGAGACCCUAUAUUCCCACUCGUCUGAUAAUUUGCGUUUGCUGGUCGAACCUUUCAUUUUCAUUUUGCCCACCCAGACACCGAAGCACUCUUUACUUCAGUAACAUGUAUUCCUCGUUACUGUCGUCACCCGUAUGUCUGACAUGUAAACUUGGACCAAGUAUCCGAUGGUUUUAGUGUUACGCUUAAAUAUACUAUUAGCUGCCUGUUAGCGCUAAGGAAUAUUACGCGGUUAUCCCGCUGUAGGUGAUUGACUUCGGCCCACAUGUUCCUGCAUCAUAUUUCAGUCUGUGCCUAUAAACCUUGAUAUAAACUCAAUUGCUCCCAGUCCGCAGUUCUGAGGAGAUUAAAAAAACAACUAUCCGAUGGUUUAUCUUUAAAAUGCGUUGGAGGACCGAGCACGAGGUCCAUCAACAACUGCCUAAAGAUCUUUGGCCCUAGCAUUGCGGAACCCUCAACAAAGUUUGGUUUAACAUAACAACUGAAACUUUCCCGAAUGACUUUGGACAUUUGAAGCAGAAGAAAAGAGAUCUUUCCCUUCGCAUAGGUUAAAGUCCCCAUUAGAAUGCCAUAAUAUACCACAAAACUCGGCAAGGUUUCUACCCAAUGUUUGAUCUGGAAUCCCUAACAAAUGCAAGACUCGGACAUUACCUUAGAAUUUCCCCGUUAAUUGUGUCGCUCCACAAAAGAACUGUCCUCGAAUGACAGUGUUGAGGUCUCACAGCGCUCUCGUUAACUCUUAGCAGGACAUCCUCAUUUGGAGCUGGUAUCAGGCGUCUCGUAAUUAUUCGCUACUGCUCUUGAGAACCCGUUUUCAUGUAAAAGUACCUCCCUGUGCUCAUGUGAUCACGCACGGGUUACCAAAUGGCAAGGGUUUCUACGCAUUUUUUGUUGACUUUUAGAUCAUUAAUGCUGCUACACUACAACACGAAGAAAAAUCCGAGGAGGAUGCAGCUGAUCGUCUUAAGACCUUUGUAGAGAAACAUGAUAAGGAAAUAAAGAAGCUGGGCAUGUUUCGGAAACCUGUCGAUACUCAAAAGUUCCUUGUUGAGAACCCAAAUCUUGUCUGUGAGGAAACAGCCAACCAAUUGGUUCUUUGGUGUCUUGACCUCGCCAUGGAGGAGGUAAUUUGCAUCGCAUUUUCUAUUUGCUGUCCCAGUUUGACAACUUCAUUAAUUCCAAAGACAUUUUCGGGUUUUGUCCUAUGCGGAGGUGAGCUUCCCUCCCAGGUUAACAGUUUAGGUUUUAACAGAGCCUGCGUAGUCUCCACAUUUUGUAUUUUAGUCUUCGAGCGUUUACACUUCAAGCCUUUUGCACUUUUCUGCAGAAAUUUGAACUAAUGGACCACGUAUCUCACCAGUGCAUUGUCAUGCAAUUCAUGCUUGAGCUAGCCAAAUCUUUGAAAUGCGACCCCCGAUCGUGUAUUCGACCAUUCUUCGCCAAGUGAGUAAAUUCACUUUUCUCUGGACAUUGGUCGAAGUUUUUAAAUGCACUAGUCAGAUGCUUUACGGAUCUUCUUUGCUCUGAGCAAUAGAACCAGACCAUCGUUGUGGUUAAUUAACUCGAUAUGCAAUGUCCACUACCCGCUGCCCUAUAAGUGUCCGUCACACCAGAUAAUGGCCGCCCGCAGUGAAUAGAAUAGGAGAUCUGAUAUCUAAUUUGGCCUGACAAAGCAAACAUGCAGCACUAUUGUAAAGUGUUCGGGUAAAUUAUCAUAUUCUAACGAGGAAGAGGGGUCCGAAAUUUCUGUAGUCGGGGACAAAUUAGGAAGAUACCUUGGGCCAUUCACGAAAAAAAGGUUGGUAUGGUUGGGCAUAUUUUCGGUUUUCCAUCUCAUGAAUGCAUUGCCAGUGUACCCGAUCCAACAUUUCCUAUUUCCCAGAAGGGCCUUAGAACGGAAGAUGGCUUUGUUGUCGCUGGCAAAUGGUGGGGAUUAAGUUCCAAAUGCUCCUCUUCUAAGAGUUGUUUGUUUAGUUUUGUAUUUUUUGAAGACAAUUCGUAAUACUGGUUUCGAGCCUCAUUUUUUGAGCACAUGACGUCGCAGAUAAUCGCCGUCCAUUACAGUUUGUUGGCGCCAGCCUCACGCGAUAAGUUGUUCCACUUGUAGCGCAAACCACGCAGGACUGUUUGCCCAGAGUCGUGUAUGCGCUCUAAGGGAAGCCUUCUACAUCUACAACUGACAUCUUUACUUUGAAAAAUCCGCACAGUUUCUUGUCAGUGCCAAUUUCAGAUGAGGUGACAAUCUGGAUAAUUUCAUUAUUACGUCAACGUUGGAGCGGCGAUAAAAGAGGCGAAUUCGGCCAAUAGCGGUUGUGGAAUGAUCCUUAUCCAAGACUGCUUUCGAAGAGUGCAGACGUUCGAAGUCUGGCACCCCGAAUACCUCAAAGCACAAUCGAGCUCAAUGGCGGUGACCAGCCCAGUGGAGGCACUAAGCACGGAGGUUCAGUCUUUCAUCUCUGUCCGAGUCGAGCAGAAAAUGAAGUUUAAGUUCGUGAUAGGGCUGAGAGCAUUGUUGUGUUCACCAUCAACUCCGUAAAUUGGCGGCAAACUCGACGGGGUAUGAUGUGGCAACGACCUCCCCCCCAUUGGAAGCACAAAACACCAGCAUCACUUGAGAACCCUACCAGUCUAUUCCCCAAAUUCCUCUUGUCCUGUCGGGGGCUCUCCCACAUGGAGUAGCGCAGCGGCAGAAUAUCGGCGAAACGCGCGUGUCUGGGCUCUUAACCAGUACCUGUGCUGCCUCGUAUGGUAUCUUCUAGUGCUGGAAAAUAUUCUUGUGCCCAUUUAGUGUGAAUUAUGCCCUUUAAAUUGUAUGCUUGGAGAAAGAGUGUUUUUCAGUUUUUUUUUUAAUUCUGAACGAUUCCGGACCCAACCUGCCUUUACGUUUGCAUUCUGGGUCUCCAACCUACGAGCUGUGCAUUUUCCGCGCAAGGAAAAUCGUGCAUACGUGUACGCUAUUAAGAAAAGAUCAUAUAGGCCGCACAAAAUUUUGCAGUGGACGUGGACCCCGUUGUAUACUAGAGGAAAAGCACGAAUAAAUGUGCAGAUACGAUGAUUCAUGAAUAGAAAAAUUUCACGAUUUUAAAAGAUCUCGCAACUAGAAACUUUUUUGAAACUGAAAAGUGCCCUUUAUUCGGGCGUAACAUUUAAAGAAGGCGCAAUUUUCUACCACAUGAAUACAAGAAGGGACACUUUUUCUAUAAAGCAUGUUAAAAUUUAUAAGGGCACCGAAAAGAAAUGGAAAAAAUGCAUGUUAUUCAGCAGUCAUUUUUUACGGUUCAAUUUUUGUAGGCGGCCUGAGAAGAGCUCGUUUAAAAGCCUGCAUCCUCGCGUGAUUGAGAUUAUGCUGCACGAUAAUUUACAUUAAAACCCCCACUUAAUGAAUGUUUUCGGACUAAAAGCACUUUUCAGGAUUUCUUUUAACGUUUCACGGGACUACACAUCUACUGUAUUCACGCGACGGACGAACUACAACCUAGGCACCAAGGCAACUAGCAUGACAUCAUGCUUUUGCGCAAAAAUAUCGACCAGACCAGAAUCUGCAUGAUUCGGGAUUUUUCGCGAAAUUCUCUGCUGAAAGGGACAACGCCCUGCUAGAAAUAGUGCGAUGGAUGUGCCACACCCACUAAAAACGUUUUCCAUCCGACGGUUCGACCGUCGUUACCGACGAUGUCUACCGUGUGCUCCACGGCAAGGUGAGAGCAGGUACGGUGACUUGCGCCUGAAUUAGUUUCUAGUGGUGGUGGACUUGCGCUGCGUCUACCACACUCUUUCCCCCCCCCCCCUCCCACCUGGGCCCGAUGCCAAGACAGUCAAGAAGACCAGAGGUGGGAGAGGGUGCAGAUGGCUGGCGCGACCUGAGCCGUCUCUAGGCGUUCCGCCACACCCGGUUCGUAUUCUACUGAGUCGGAGUACCUUAAAGGCCACAUUAAGAAGGAGCCAUUACGGCCCGACUCCUAGACCACCAAUCGGCCGCUCCAUACAAACACGCACUGGGCCGACUGCGAGGUCCAAGUUAUUUCAUCAGCUGGCAACCUCCCACGCCACGGCUUUUAGUGCACCUCGAUAGCCUGAAGCGCGUCAGAUUGUUUAUAGUGAAGAAAAUGCGUUGGGUCGUCGACGCGACUCUCCCUUCCCAUUCUCAGGCCUGGCCACUGUCCGAGCUGGUCAGUUGACAGGUGAGGGGAAUGGGCGCGGUGGCUGACAUGGCUAGUGACCUUGUCUGCGCGUGCCACAGGCACGACCUGGCCCCCCAAACACAAGCAUCAGGAUCUCACACAAUGGGGGUUAGGCGGCGUACAGCUCACUGGUAUGAGAGUGCCAUAGUUCACGUUAAGAAGAAGCCGUUUCAGCCUGGUUCUCAACCCACCAGUCCGUUAUUGCACAGACAACUGGACGGACUGCGUGGACUGAGUUGCGGCGUCAGUCAGCAGCCUUCCAAGCCGCGGUGCUUGACGCGCCGUGAUAGUCUCAGACUCGGAUCACACAUGCAGCAGAAGGGCCGCAUUGAGAAGGGGCCGAGACGCGCACUUCCCAAUUGCGUGAGAGGUGGCAGUUUGGAUGCUUGUGAUUGGUGAUGGUGUUGAGAGGUGCGGAUGCUGGUGAGGGAAGAUGAGGUGGUUUGGUGUAGCCGGCGAUAGUUUACAACAGGCUUUCUUGAGUCCGCAUGUGACCCCGUAGACCCAUGUGGUGGCUCAAUAUGCGAGGGCAGUGUUGGCAAUUGAGUCGAAUGCGUCUGGUAUAUGUUGAUGCUCCAGGCACUGGUUCGAUGGUCUCUGUGCGAUAGAUGCGCAAGUGAUCGACCAGGCCGAUGUGUGAGGUGAGGAUGCGAUUCUAAUGGGCACAUGUAUGGACCGAGUUCACAUCGUUGGUGUUGAUGGUGGUGAAGUAGAUGUUUGUCGGUGUGUCAGGAUUGUGUGCAGUCGUGGUGGGCGCAGGAGCCGCGCAGUGGAUGUUGAGGCGACGGAGGAGGAUUGCUGUGAGGGUUUAGGAGUGCGGCCAGUGUUGAUUGUCGGUGUGGGGGAGGUUGAGUGUUGGCGUUGCGAGGUGGGGGCAGUUGAGAUCUGCGGGCUCCGUGUUUAGCCUUGGCAACGGUGGUGCGGUUGACUUCGAAGAUUGCGCCUGUCUUUACUACAUUCCUUCAGGUCUUCCCAGUUGGCCGAGUUCAUUUGUAGGCACUUCAGGGAAGUUUUCAGGGUAUUCUUUUAGUACCGGACUUGUCGGCGGGAACUAAUGGCGACAUCUCCGUAAAAGAGCCGUCUGAGUGGCCGCUCGUCGUCCAUCCGUAUGAGGUGGCCGUUUCAGCGCUGUUGCAGUUGUCUAAGCGUGACGUAAAUGCUGAGGAUUCGCGUCAGUUGUAGUACGUCCGUGCCCGGGAUCCGGUCCUGUCUAUCGAAGACAGCUGAGGUGGAAGUGGUUGAGUCUUCGCACCUGUUUUGCAGACGACUGAAAGCUUGGCUAGCCUUGAAGAUUCGCCUCUCUAAGCUAACUGAUUGCUGAAAUAUAAACGGUGAGCAAACAAAUUCAACAGAACGGUAUUCAUCAAAACGGUAUUUUAGCUUACAACAAGGGUAAGCACAAACAAGCAGACAAAGAUGAACAAGCAAAAAGCAAAGACAACAAAGCAAUAUUUAACUUUUCUGGGGGUCACUUACCUUGUGGCCUCUUGUGGGGUCGCAGACGAAGCCUUGUCUUGGAGGUGGCGAUACGGUUGUCCGUGAGACUUUCGAUCGCAGGGUAAGGGCAAAGUAGAGCAGAGAGAGUGAAGGGCGGAGAACAGGUGCGGAGGGGCAUGAAGGGACCGAUCUUCCAGCCACUGAGCCAGUAGCUUGCUGAGUGCCCGUGACCUACUGCGGGGUUGCCUACGGAGCCUUACCUCGGAGAUGCCGGGGCAGUGAUCCAUCUGGCCAGCGGUUGAGGGAGUGGAGCCGCGUGGAGAUUGGUCUGGAUCGUCUAAGUGAUUGCAUGUCGCCCUCGCUGUAGGUUUUUUCGACCGUGUGGGAAAAGAAGAGAGUAGACAGAGUAGAUAGUAGAGAUGAAGAGGGAAUGAAAGGGUUAUGGACGGGAUGGGGGAGGGGAGUAGGAACAGGGUUGCCGUGUGUGGGGAUACACACACGGAUACCCCCACCUGGUUUAGUCCUACGGGGUGUGGCCGUGCCAGGCAGAACCCAACUUCGAGGCGCCACAUGUGGGAGUCGAGUGCCAGUUAACGGACGCUAGACGUAGCCUACACCUGCAAACAAGCGAGCAAUCUACUGCGACCAUCACAUAGACCCAAAACUGAACACCCCUACACUCCGUUUUCCACUUUCAUCAACGCAGUCCUUAUGAGUUUCAGCUGAUUCCCUGGCUUUGCUCGGGACAUUUUUUUGUUUCAGGCGCGGUGAUAUCGCACAGCUGAAGCUUCCAGGGAUCACAAAAGCGCAGUAUGCAUCGUAAAUGACGAAACAUCCGCUGAAGUCUUUAGGUAUACUUUUAAGUAGCGAAAGUCCCUUAUGCGAGGUCGCCGUACUCUUCCAAUCCUGCACUACAGUACGCCAUCGUCUAAUCAUGCUCGGGAAUGACAAAAAAUCUAGGGCAUGCAAUUUUUAGUCAAUUUUUGAUGUUUGUAUACUUCAUAUUUACGAGGAUUGAUAUACAAGAAUUCAUGUUCUUCAGUCGUUUAGUGCGAACGUAUGCCCUUUUUGGAGUUUGCCAUUUAGGGGUUUAAGCAUUUCUGUCUAAGAAAAUUUUAUACAUAUUUAAAAUAUGAUCUGCGUUUUCAUUUGUUCCCGAGAUUUCCAAGCCAUAGUCACUGUUGGGCUUGACAUGAACACUUAGUUUUUCUUCUAGACUAAGUGAUUCUUCCCCGAUUUAUUAGGUUCAUCAACCCUGAACCGGAAUAUCAGAGGGCUUUUAACGACGAAUUGGACGCUUUUCGCAAACGCAUUCGCGCUCGUGCUGAGGUCAAGGUCCAGGAGGCGGUGGAACGCUACGAAGAAGUAGGUGCCUCAGUAACAACAAACUGCCCUUUGACUAGCUUCUCUUGAACUUCUUAUCAUCUUCACUUAUGUAUUUCUAGGAAGAACGCAAGAAGCGUCUCGGCCCUGGCGGUCUUGAUCCACUCGAGGUUUUCGAAAGCCUAACCCCGGUAAAGGGCACUAUGCCUAUUUCGCGAGUUUUCAUUCAAUCGAAUAUUUAAAAAUUGCUACUGGCGUGUUGUAAGUACGGUUUUUUUGUAUGUUUAAGGAACUUCAAGAGUGCUUCAAAAACCAGGACGUGGAACUGUUAAAAACUACCCUCUCCAAAAUGGAUCCACACGAGGCUGAGGCAGUAAUGAAACUCUGCAUCGAUAGCGGGCUCUGGGUUGAAAAUGCAAACGCUGCCACGGGAGAUGAAGGCGAUGCCUCGGCUUCAAAGGAGACUGAAGAGCAGGGUGAAGAAAAACCCGCGAGCACCAAUGAAUGA